AUGUUCGACGCGCCCCGCGACGAGCGCCGCCGCUCUCGCUCGCGGUCCCCGCCUCGCCGCCCAAAAUCCCAUGGCGGCUUCCGCUGGAAGGAAAAGCGCCACGACGGCAACAACGAAGGCGAUGCACGCUUAGAUAGGGGAUACCGAAAUCGCUCGCCGCGCAGACUAUAUGAUAGAGAGCGCGACCGCGACCGCGACGGGAAUCGAGACCGAGAUCGUGACCGUGGAGGAGAUCGGUAUCGAAGCGAUUACCGCGAUCGGGACAGAGAGGGAGGCCGAGACCGAGACCGAUACCGCGAGGGUGACAGAGAUAGAGAUCGCUUCCAAGACAGCGAUCGAAACCGAGACCGUGACCGCGACCGCGCCGAUAAACCUCGCGACCCUACCUCAAAGGACAAGCCGAAGAAAGAGAAGAAACCCAAGGCUGCCCCCGUCGGCGCCGGCGAAGAGAUGAUUGUCGUGCACGUCAACGACCGGCUCGGAACGAAGGCUGCAAUCCCCUGUCUUCCCUCAGAUACUGUGGGCAACUUCAAGGCCCUGGUCGCUGCGCAUAUUGGCCGGGAGCCGCAUGAGAUCUUGUUAAAGAGGCAGGGGGAGAGGCCGUUUAAGGACUUCAUUACACUAGGGGAUUAUAGUAUCGGGAAUGGAGUACAGUUGGAUUUAGAGGUUGGAACUGGGGAUUGA